ACAUUCUGAAAAGAAAACAUCCGCCUUCUGGCGUAGCAGUGGUGACGGGACCGGAGGAAGAUAUAAAUGUGAUGGGCUGAAACAACAGCUACACUCCAUUUCAGUCCCGGCUGCCGUCCAGACUCAAAUAAAGGACUUUUAAAUCUCUGCUUAACAUUGAAUAGUACGCUGCUUAACUUGGGAUUAUUGAGGCUGUUGUUGAAAGGGCAGGAGCACUCGGUAAAUCAUCACCGUGUUCAGUGCUGACGAGCAGCAGUGUUCGUCCACCCGCUCUAAAAUGGCGGAGAAUGAAGCGGACCCAGGAUCCUCCGGCUCCCCUGACUGCUGGGAGUGCUCCCGUGCCUUUUGCCUGCUAUGUUUGGCAGUAGGGAAGCCACUUGUGUUUAACUGAGGUUAUGCUUUCACAUUCACUCGCUGAAAAAAACAAGAGCAUAGUUUUAGGGCUGUGCUUUCACAUUCAUCUCACAAAUACACAGUUAUGAGGGCACACUGCUGGUGAAGUGCAGCUGAAGACCUAGAAUGUAAACAGUUUGUGCACAGCAUGUAGUAAAGAGGCACAUUUAUGAUUUUUGUUGGCAUUUUUCUUCUCCUGGAGUUGGAAGAGCAAGGACAGGUUGAACUAAGGUGUAUGUCUUGCACAAGCAGACCACGAUGGGGAUGUUUAAGGGGGAAUGUAUAAAAAUGGUAUAAACAGGAAGGGUGUACUGCUGUUUUUAUGGCAGUUCAUGCUUGAAUUUCAGGAAGAUUGUCUUCUGUUGGGGCAAGAUUUAGAUUAUUAUUCUAGAAUGUAGAAAGCACCAGUGGUUCCCUUGAAGGUAGAGAAACUUAUUCAGCAUCCCAGAUGAAGUAAUGGGGACAAACAGUUCUUGGCAAUGUUUACUUGGAAGCAUUGGUGAUACAAGUGGGAACCAGCGUGAACUUGCCCGCCAAAAGAACCUGAAGAAAACUCAGGAGAUUCACAAAGGCAAAAGGAAAGAAGAUAGCUUGUCUGCUUCUCAGAGGAAACAGAGGGACUCUGAAAUCAUGCAGCAAAAGCAAAAAGCAGCUAAUGAAAGGAAGUCUCUGCAGGCAGGAGCAAAAUGAGCUGUCACUAUGGAGAAGAUAAAGUGCACUGAAUGAAGCAGAAGGACCUAGAAGAUCAUUCAUAAAAGUGUCCGGCCAUUAAAUGAUUAAACAUUUAUUGUGCAGAGUUGUUCAAAUAGCAUUAGAGUAUUUUCUAGUUACUAUAGGCCUAGUUGUCUACAGUGCUCUUUCAAAACUGACUACACUCUUCUGCAUGUGUAUGAAUAAAAGUACUAAGCAAUA